GACUAUAGGCGUCAUAUGCCAGCGCCGGAAGUUGGUUGAGACACAACGAGGAGCCCUAAUCCGCCGCGAACUUCAGAGUACUUAGUUUCUGGGGGCUACGUGGGUAGGGAAUUGGCUGGUUGUAUUUAGAGGGACUAUCAAUGGACACCCAAAAGGACGUUCAACCCCCGAAGCAGCAGCCGAUGAUAUAUAUCUGCGGAGAAUGUCACACAGAAAAUGAAAUAAAAUCCAGGGAUCCAAUCAGAUGCAGAGAAUGUGGAUACAGAAUAAUGUACAAGAAAAGGACUAAAAGAUUGGUGGUUUUUGAUGCUCGAUGAAACAUGGAAUUCAGAGGAUUAUCUUCAUUUGUACUUGGGUUUGCUGUUAAUGUAUAGCUUUUGAUUAGUGUAUAUAUCUUUACAAAUACAAAUAACAUUUCAUUUUAAAAUCCAUCUUGUAUUUAGAUAUCUAUUUAAUAGUUUCUAUAAAGAAAAGUUUUUUGUUCAAUUACAUGAUUUAUAAUUUACUUUUAUUGUAUAUGUAAUCUGACAGAGUGAAAGUUUAAAGUGCUUCCCUAAAGCACACUUAAUUAAGGCCUAGAAUCUUUUGGGAUUCUUGUUAAAAAUGAAGUUUUCUAGGGCCCUGUGAAGGUCUGAUUAAGUAAGUUCCUUGGAAACUACUGUUUUACAUCACCAACUGUAAACUCUCCAGCAUCAUUUUGUAUUGAGUAUACCAAUGUGCAUGCAUGCAUUAUUUUGUGUUAAAAUUUUCAUUUUACUUGAUAUAGGCCUUCUGUAUGUAUAUAUAAGGCUUGACUAUAUUUUAAAUCUUGGGUGAGGAAAAAGAAACUUUAAUGGUUGCAUCUGUAAGGCAAAAUCAACCCUAAGUAAAGUGGAUGAAGCAGAUUAUUAAGGCAGGUGUAGUUUCUGAGGUAUAAUCAUUAAGGUAAAAAAUUCUGCUUUCAGGAUAUAUAAAGAUAUAUAUAUAUGGACUUGUUUACACUGACCUAUGGAUAAACAUUUAAAACUUUUGCCCUUUUGCCUUGAUCUUAGGGAUAUGGAUACUCGAAUACUCCCAUUUGUUCCAGGAUUCCAUCAUUAUGGGAUGUCAUCUGACAUUCAUUUUGAAGAUUAGAUAUAUUCCAUCUUCACUAUUAGCUAUGUGUGUCUCUGACAUUCAAAAAAUUAAGUGCCAUUUUAAAAAAGCACCUAUAUUUCUAUUAACAUCCUUGAAUACUAAGUUCUAUAAAUUUUUUAAGUGCUAUACAAAGUA